AUGACGACGACGACGCGUUUGCUCGCGCUACAGGACGCCGCUCGCGGUCUCGAAGAGCGCGAAGCCGCGCGCGAACCACUCCUGGAGCGGCUCGCCGCGGACGCGCGCGACGUCUUCGUCGGGAACGUGCUCCCGCGGCUCGACGGCGGCGACCUCGCGGUGCUCGCGACGGUGAACCGAAAGAUGCGCGACGUCGUCUUCGAUUCGCCAGUCGGAGACGUGAGGGACGUCGCGGCGGUGAGGAGAGAGCUCGCGAGGGUUCCUAACUUCGUUGGGUCGAUCAGCAGGCUGGCGUGGGCGAAGGAGCGAGGGUGCCCGUGGUACGAGAAGACGUUCACGUGCAUCGCGAGGGGUGGGAACGUGGAUGUCGCGAAGUGGGCGAAGGAACGAGGAUGCCCGUGGGUCGAAGUGGCUGACGCCCACGUUGUGUUAGACACCGCGGAAGGCGACCACAUGGAGGUUUGCGCCAGCGCCGCGGCAGGCGGCCACCUGGAGAUGCUGCAGUGGGCGCGGGCGAACGGCGCUCCAUGGGGUGAGAAGACUUUCGCCGAUGCCGCGUUUGGCGGCCACAUGGAGGUGCUGCGGUGGUUGCGAGCGAACGACUGUCCGUGGGACGAGGAGACUUGCCGCGAUGCCGCGGAAGGCGGCCACCUGGCGGUACUGCAGUGGGCGCGCGCGAACGGCGCUCCGUGGAACGAGGGUACUUGCCACAGUGCCGCGCUUGGCGGCCACCUGGAGGUGUUGCAGUGGGCGCGCGCGAACGGCGCUCCGUGGGACGAGGACACUUGCGCCUACGCCGCGCUUCGAGGCCACCUGGAGGUGCUGCAGUGGGCGCGAGCGAACGGCGCUCCGUGUGACAAGGAGACUUGCCGCGAUGCCGCGGGUGGCGGCCACCUGGAGGUGUUGCAGUGGGCGCGAGCGAACGGCUGUCCGUGGGACGAGGGAACUUGCCGCAGCGCCGCGCUUCACGGCCAACUGGAGGUGUUUCAGUGGGCGCGAGCGAACGGCUGUCCGUGGAAUCCGGAGCUAUGCGAAUCCCUAGCCCGAAUGAGGGGGCACAAGGAUGUCCUGCAGUGGAUAGUAGCUGCGGAGGUAGGAGAGGGGGCGUAGUCGCGAGGCGACGGUGCGCGGCGCGGCGCGGCGUUUGUUUUUUUCACCGCGCCACGCUCAGUCGGCGACGGCGCGGCGGGUGCGUGUGCGAGUAGCUCUAGUAGUAGACCGUGUCGUGGCGAUGCGCUU